GUGUGUUCUGGACGUUUGCACGCGCUCUGUGUUUUCUUUAUACAGUACAAGUCUGCGUCUCUAGGCGCACGCGUGUAUCCUGACGUUUUCAUGUGUGUGUUGCGUGUGUGUGUGUGUCUAUGUGUUUGUGCGUGCGUGUUCGCGCGCUCGUUCGUGUGUGCAUGAGUGUAAGAACAGUGCGGUAGUAACGCCGCGUUGCUCGAGUCGCGCGCUUUACUAUUCCCCGCUCCGUUCGUCCGCGCGCUCAAAGAGAUGCAUGUGAGUGGAUGAUCGACGUGUAGACGUACGUCUGGUCCCUGUCUCUUUUUCUUAUUUUCUUUCUCUCCUCCACAUUUUUGUUGCUAGAGCAGAAAUGGACCUCCACCGAGCUGCUUUCAAGUUGGACAGCUCCUCAUAUGUUCCAAGCUCCAUGUCGUCGCCGGCCCUCAUGGUCCUGGCAUCAACGCCUGAGUCCGACCGCGAGCCCUCCAUCGUCCCCUGCCAGACCUCGCGUUCGUUCGGAGUUCCGGUGUCUCUAGAAAAAGACCUGCACCUCCCGUUCCCUGGCGGCUCCUACACCUUUUCCUCUGUGUACCAAAGGCAAGGAGGCUUCACACCCCGAGACUUCCCCACCUCACUGCUCCACCUGCACCCACAGUUCCCCCCGACGCCACUGAGCAUUCUCGGACCUGGAGCGGUGGGAGCAUUCCGGCCCUUCUCUUCUCCAAACGAAGACAGAGACGCAGGGAUUUAUCACUCCGCCUUCCUUCCAACCAAGAGGCUGAAGGGAGGCCAGGAGCUGGAAACGUCACCCCAUCUGCGCUACACAAUCACUGAAGGGAAGGAGUUCGAGUUUGGGGUCAACCAGCUCACCUCCGGGUCUCCCAGUUCCCUGAAAGGAACUGAGGAUUCUGGGAAAAAGAGGUUCACCAUGUCAGGGCUGCUGGUGGAUGCCGAGGCCACGUGUAGCCCAGAGGAACAGAAGGACGGAUGUAAGGUGAAGUGUGUGUGUGAUGUUCAGGCGCCCGUGUGUCCUGUCUGUCACAUGGUUUUGCGACCUGAUGAGCUGCCGGAGCAUGUGGAGCAGGAGAUGGAGAGACUCUCACAGUUGCACCUGAGUACGAGUCAAGCACAGAGUGAGUGUCUCUCGACCGGGUUACCCAGGUCUGUGUUUUCCGUUCACAUUAAGUGCGAAGGUGGGUCAUGUGUUUCGUCGCCCCGCACAACCGACGAUGCCGUGCACUCAGACAGGUACCAGACGUUUUUACGAGUCCGAGCCAACAGACAAACACGACUCAGCGCUCGCAUCGGGAAGAUGAAGAGGAGGAAAGUGGAGGAAGAGCAGAGAGACAGUGUGUGUUUGGAAAACGGAUCAGUGGCAGCAGUAGGAACAGGAGACGAGUGGACGAACGAGUGGAGUGAGAAGAGGAGAGUACAUGUGGUGUCCAUCCUGACCGGAUUCAGAGGUUUAGUAAACAGCGCUUCAAAGGAGCAGCAGGACAGUGAUGUGGAUUUGGACGUAGACGGAGACGAUACUCAGAGUUAUGGCCGAGCACAAUACUCCGAGACAGACGUGAUCCCAAGUGCAGGAGACGCCGAAGACGGAGAGACACUCUUAAAUAGGGAAGCAGCGAGUCGACUUUCUCCAGAACUCAGCAGGUGGUCCACAGCAGAAACACCAUCUACAAGUAAUGAAGACCACAGCAGGCCAGAUGUCAGUAUGAAUGUCUCUCCAGCUUGCAGGAGCUGUCAGUUUGAGCUGUCACCUGGUGACUCUUUUAACACACUGGAAGCUUUGAAGUCACGGAUCCGAGACCUGGAGAAGCAGCUGACUCGAGGAGACCGGAUCAAAUGUCUGAUCUGCAUGGACUCGUAUAUGAUACCGCUGGCUUCGAUCCAGUGUUGGCAUGUGCACUGUGAGGAGUGCUGGCUCCGUACACUGGGAGCGAAGAAGCUGUGUCCUCAGUGUAACACCAUCACUUCACCGGGUGACCUGCGGCGUGUGUAUUUGUGACAAGGGCAUGAUGAGGCACCAGACACCAUCCACAGCAACCACGACAUGAAGAUGGCAUUUUUACUGGACUUCGAUUAAGAACACUUCUUUAUUAUUCAUGCUGUCGCACUCCAGUGUAUUGAAAAUGAACAGUAGUUAUUGUUUUGUGUUUCAUUAUAGGGUCAUAUUCACAGAUUUGACAGGUGCAAGCACCGUUCAGAAGUUAAAUGACAUUUUUUGCUUUGCAUUUGUGAGUUUUUUUUAAUCAGAGGAGUGUUUUAGUUAUGCCAAAUUCAACCACCUUUGAGGCAUUUUUUUUGCAUGAUUUCGGCUUGAGUGAUUAGUGGUGUUCAAUCCAGCACAACCAUCUGAAAGUGAUUUAACUAUAAUAUUUCCUACCGGAAAUAUUAUUCAGGCAAAAAAUAAUGCAAAUAUGUUCAUGAAUGCUAUGAAUAUUCAUAUACGGACAAAAAAAGCAUGUAAUUAUGACACUAUUCAUUAAUAGAUAAUAUUAAUAAUAUAAAAUAUAAAAAUAAUAAUAUAAAAAUAUAUUCAUAUAAAUUAUAUAUAUAAAAAUAUAUAUAAAUUGAUGAAGGAACUUCCUUUUACCUACAUUUAACACCAGAAGAGGGAACAAAAUUGAUCAAACAAAACAAUUAAAAGCAUCAGAGCACAAUAAUGAAGCAAAAUGACUGAUCAAGCACUGUUUUGUGAUGAAUGAUGCACGUAGAAGCGAUUUUGUUUAAUUACACCUGUGAAUUAUGUGAUAAUUACAAUUUGAAUAAUUUAUGCAGAGACAUUACUAUGAGAUGAGAUAUAUCACCAUAUAUCUCAUUUAUAUUUAUUCUUUUUAUUCCCUUAUUUUUAAAUCAACUCUUGCUUGUUUGCUAUUUUUAAAAAAAAGUAUUUUUUCAGUCAAUAUUUUCUCUUCUUGAUUUUUUAAAAGGUCAGCGUUUGCUUGGAAAGACAUUAAAAACCUCAGUCUCACACUUUUAGUCAACAUAAAUGAAACUACAUGCAGGUGAAUAUUAAAAAAAAAUCCACUGAAGCAGCUGCGCAACCCGACUCUGAACACCAGGAACAUUUCUCAAGCCAAAAUCGAUUUAAUUUCACGUUACAGCAAAGAAACAACUCCAUUUUCACACAACACAAAGACCAAUAGAUGCAAAUGCAAGUAAACAAUCUUUAUCAAUCUAAAGUGAACAAAAUUUAAAACAGAUAGUAAAUCUAUUUGUCAGGAAACAGAAUAGUUCUACAAAUUACAGGUAAAAUAUCAACCAGCAGAUACUGUUUAUAUACUAUAUGAUUGAGUGUGAGUGAUUAAACACAUAUGCAUUUACAUUUACACCAUUUAACAGAUGCCUCUUAUCCAGAGCGAAGAAUAAAAGUGCUUUGAAUUCUUGCUAUCUGCAUCGUACCACCAAGAUACCAUCUGCAACCUGAUACAUGAAGAUACCAUCAGCGUAAAACUCUGUUAAGAGAAAUUAUACCAUUUUUUAAACAAACAGGGAAAAUGUGUUAGUUCAAGUGUUUCAGGAAGAGGUCCUCUGCCGUUGUUUGAAGUUUAGCAUUGACCCAGUUGUUCGGACAUCUAUGGGAAAUUUCAUUCCACCACCUCAAAGACAGAACUGAAACAGUUUUGAUUUAUAUACCUUUCUCUUACCCUGAGAGAUGGUGGGAGCAGUCGAGCAGUGCUCAGAAGGAGCAUGGUGCAGUGCAGUGAUCAGAGCUUAACGCACUCACUCGGAAGCUGGGUGCGCUGCAGUGUGUAGGAAAUGUGGUCUGUGGCAGCCAUGUUGGAUUGUCACAGUGUUUUCUCGGAAAAUAUGUUACCUGGCAUCAAACCUGUGAUCUCUGAAAAUGACCCUUUAUGAAUGCGCACGCACACACACACACACACACGCUCUGUCUCUCUCUCUCUCUCUCUCUCUCUCUCUCUCUCUCUCUUGAUCUCUCUUUUGAUGUAAAUAUAUUAACCAGAGAACUUGUACAUUUGUAUGUUUAAUAACUUUUGUAAUUUAAUACGUCAAAUAGAUUUUUGGGAGCCUUUACGACUCAACAUGAGCUUGUGACUGUAGAGUAAGAUUUUAGUCACAGUAAUUUUACUAUCAUUCAUUAGCACAUUUGAGUAAAAACAGGAUACUAAACAUUUAGAUCAUCAGAUUAGAUUGUUAUCCGAUAAUUAUUAUUAGGAUGUUUUGAAAUUCUUCCAACAGUUAAAAGAUUAAAAUAAAGGGGUUUUGGACCCAACUGAACCCUGGGAUAUGCUCCUGUUCAGCAAAUGAAGGUGAAGAAAUCUCAGAUUGUUUUUCUAUAUAUAUACACUUUAAGCAUUAUUUUGUUUUCUUUUAAAUGCGUAUCCUGGUAGCCUUACGACCUAAUUAAGAUGACACCUGAAUAUUUACUCCUUUUUUCUUCAUUGUAUGAUAUUACUAGCAAUCUUGAGCUCAGAGUGUUCAAAUUGAGAGCUAAAAAUGAGAGCUAAUCAAGUGAGUCACAGUGGAAGCCACGUGGAGGUCACGAGUCUGACAAGAUGGACGACGUUGAAGACGAGGCCAGGUAGCGGAGCCAAGAUUCUCGGCAGAGACUUAACUGAGGAAAAAUUUACAAACAAACCAGCUCUGAGCCCAUAACUAAAUAUCGUAACUACGCUUUGUUACUUAUUUCAAACAUAAGAUGUGAGUUUUCUUGAGUACGGCGUGUAGCGCUAUAGUUUUGUUGAUGUAUGUACUGAACGUUGGAGCGAUUAAGCACUUUUAAUAGUUUUAAUCUGAUAUUAAUGACGUGUAAAUAAACAUGCACAUGU